AUGUGGCAAUAUAGCCAAGUUUUGGGCGGAGUUUCGAUCAUUUUGGAGUUGGUUCAGACAGCCUUCCAUGAGAGAUUCUUUCCUAGAGAGAUGAGGAAGGCCAAGGUUGAGGAGUUUAUCAACCUUAAGAAGGGAUCCAUUGCAGUCAGGGAGUAUUCCCCGAAGUUUGUUAAACUGUCCAGGUAUGCUACAUCCAUUGUAUCUAACAAUAAGGAUGAUAUGAGUAGGUUCCAAACAAGAACCAAUGGAGAUUUGGAGGAGGUAGAGGACAGCCGUAAGAAGAGAGGAUUUCGUGAUGCUAGGAGGCCUAAGCCUCAAAAUCAUGCAGGUCCUAGUAAUGAAGGCAACAGAAAUAAUUUUUGCAUCCGUGAACAGCCCAAAUUCAAAAAAGGGCAACAAAGUUCAGGGAACUGUAACUUUCAAAAGAGUACAACACCUAGAGAAGGCGUAGCCGAGCACAAGAAGGGCAAUGGAGGUGAUAUGCAUCGUCCCAGUAAGAACUGUACUAAGUGUGUCUGUGCUCACAGUGGAGAGUGCAAAUAG